CCGUAAGUUCUCCUCCACCACCCUUGAAACACCCGCAUUCCACGGCCUCAAAAAAGUUGCCGCCGCCAAAGAAUCCCGCGUGGCCCGCUUGGAGGAGCUUUGUACAGCCCGAGCGCCAUCCUGUCAGCACGGCGCUCACUUCAGCUCGAUGACCACACAUGCAAAGUAAUCCUGCGAUUGUGCUGUCGAAAGAACCGAGCAAAACAAAGAAGAUCGCCCAGAACCGAGCUGACUUUCUACCACUUCUCCAGAUCUCCCGCUUCAUCUGAGAAAUCUACACCAUGGCACAGCCAAACGGCACCGCAAAUGGUGUCAAUGGACACAAGCAGAGCGAGGGCCUCUCUGCAAAUGACAACAUCCAACGAUUCGCAGCGCCAAGCAGGCCUUUGAGCCCUACACCCGUCCACACACUUUUCCACCCAAAGACAAGAUGUUUCGUCUACGGUAUGCAAACGAAGGCUGUGCAGGGUAUGCUCGACUUCGACUUCAUCUGCAAGCGCAAGACUCCUUCAGUCGCUGGCAUCAUCUACACAUUCGGUGGCCAGUUCGUGAGCAAGAUGUACUGGGGUACAUCUGAGACGCUUCUCCCAGUCUACCAGAACCCAGAGAAUGCCAUGGCCAAGCACAGUGAUGUCGACACCGUCGUGAACUUCGCCUCCUCCCGAUCCGUGUACAGCUCCACCAUGGAGCUGAUGAACUACCCACAAAUCAAGUGUAUCGCUAUCAUCGCAGAGGGUGUCCCCGAGCGACGAGCUCGUGAGAUCCUUCAUGUGGCCAAGAAGAAGGGCGUCACCAUUAUUGGCCCAGCCACUGUUGGUGGUAUCAAGCCAGGUGCUUUCAAGAUCGGUAACACGGGUGGUAUGAUGGACAACAUUGUUGCCUCUAAGCUCUACCGCAAGGGUUCCGUUGGAUACGUCUCCAAGUCUGGUGGCAUGUCCAACGAGCUGAACAACAUUGUCUCGCAAAAUACCGAUGGUGUCUAUGAGGGCGUUGCAAUUGGUGGUGACAGAUAUCCUGGCACAACCUUCAUCGACCACAUGCUUCGAUACCAGGCCGACCCAGAGUGCAAGAUCUUGCUUCUCCUUGGUGAAGUCGGUGGUGUCGAGGAAUACCGCGUCAUUGAUGCCGUGAAGCAGGGCAUCAUCACCAAGCCAAUCGUGGCCUGGGCUAUCGGUACUGUUGCCAGCAUGCUGAAGACCGAGGUGCAAUUCGGCCACGCAGGUGCCAUGGCCAACUCGCAGCUCGAGACUGCUGCUGUCAAGAACAAGUCCAUGCGCGACGCUGGUUUCUUCGUUCCGGACACUUUCGAGGACCUGCCAGGCCUUCUAGCCCAGGUCUACAACAAGCUCGUCAGCAAUGGCAACAUCAAGCCAGCCCCAGAGCCAGCUGUUCCAAAGAUCCCAAUGGACUACUCUUGGGCUCAAGAGCUCGGCAUGAUCCGAAAGCCAGCUGCUUUCAUCUCUACUAUCUCCGACGACCGUGGCCAAGAAUUGCUCUACGCUGGUAUUCCGAUCACAGAGGUGUUCAAGGAGGACAUUGGUAUCGGUGGUGUUAUGUCUCUUCUGUGGUUCCGCCGCAGACUGCCAACCUACGCCUCCAAGUUCUUGGAAAUGGUUCUCAUGCUUACUGCCGACCACGGUCCAGCUGUGUCUGGUGCCAUGAACACCAUCAUCACCACUCGUGCUGGCAAGGACCUGAUCUCUUCGCUUGUCGCAGGUCUUCUUACCAUCGGUUCCCGAUUCGGUGGUGCUCUUGAUGGCGCUGCCGAGGAGUUCACCAAGGCUUUCGACAAGGGUCUUUCUCCACGUGACUUCGUUGACACCAUGAGAAAGGAGAACAAGCUGAUCCCCGGUAUUGGCCACCGCGUCAAAUCGCGAAACAACCCCGAUCUCCGUGUCACGCUCGUCAAGGAGUACUGCCAGAAGAACUUCCCAUCCACCAAGCUCCUCGACUACGCCCUCGCCGUCGAAAGCGUCACCACCUCCAAGAAGGACAACCUUAUCCUCAACGUCGAUGGUUGCGUCGCUGUCUGCUUCGUCGACCUCCUCCGAAACUCUGGCGCCUUCUCCGCCGAAGAAGCCGAGGACUACUUCAAGAUGGGUGUUCUCAACGGUCUUUUCGUCCUUGGUCGCUCCAUUGGUUUGAUUGCACAUUUCUUGGACCAGAAGAGACUGCGCACUGGUCUGUACAGACAUCCAUGGGACGACAUCACCUACCUGCUCCCAGAGCUUGGCAAGGGAGCUCCAGGUAACGAGGGCCGUGUUGAGGUCUCUGUGGGCUAAACAUUCGCUCAUCGGCGUUUCUGGGAUUUGUGGUAUCGUGGUCUCAGCCCACGGCCUGUUUGAACAUUUUCAGCCCUGCAUGCUUGGAGUUGGGCGCCACAAUGAACGCAAUGGCAUUGCAAGAGUUAUAGAAAGUUUUCCGAGUGUAGAUAUACCAGGCCUUUGCCAUACGUGCGGAAGGCGCAGGUCGUGAUGAAUAUUAUGGCUUUGAAUGAUACACAAGAAAUGGCCUUUUCAUUAUGGUCCCGUGCUUGCCCGAGGUCUUGACGCG